GUUUGAGUAAGUGUUUUCAUUCAAAACAUUCCCUGUCAAUAAAACCGGUACUUAAUUAGUUAAAUAAAUAUAUUCUAUUUCUGUUAUGUCAAUGUCUUAAGGAUUAACUUUAGUCAUGGGUGAAAGUAAUAACUCAAUUGUAAUAGAACUUAAAGAGAAGUUUCUUAAAGUUAAUUACCUUAUGAAAGAGGCAUCUAAAACUGAUCCUGAAAAUGAACCCUAUAAAUCUAAAUAUGAAGCCAGGGAUAUUUUAAAUGAUAUGACAAAUUUAAUAGUACAACACAACCAAGAAGAAAUUGCACAAAAUCAACUCCUAGACUUGCUUGCAGUAGUAUGUUGUCUUAGUUCUAUUAUAGCUUAUGAUGUUGAAGAGAUAUCUACAGGUACAGAAUUAGCUAAAAAAGCUUAUGAUAUGGUAGCCAAUGCAAUGAGUCCCUCGAGGAUUCUAUGUGCUAUGACUUGUUUGAAUAACUUAGGGUUUUGGGCUUCUAAUCAAGAAAAUUACUCUCCUGCCCAAGAAUAUUUGGAGUUAUCAGAAAGCCUUUACAUUCGCUAUAAUUCAGAAAUUAAAGCUCCAGCAUUGGAAUUCGAAGAAUUGUUUACUGGAGAAAAGAGUUUUAAGAAUCAAGACAAUGAUUAUGAAAAAUGUCAUACACAGACAUUAUUUUAUCUUGCACAAGUUUAUGCAAAAAAUAACAACCCUUCCAAAGCUGCCAAGUAUUGCCACGUAACAUUGAAGAGGCAAUUAACUAACAUAGAGGAUGUAAUUGACUGGGCAUUGAAUUCUGCUACACUGUCACAGUUCUUAAUAGAACAGAAUGCAUUUGUAGCAGCUCGACAUCAUCUUGCAGCAAGUACUGUAAUUAUGGAGAAUUAUAGUAAAAAAAUAGAUGAAUUAUUGUCAGCAGACCCAGAAAACGAGGAAUUGAAAGCUAAGACAGAAACAGCAAGACAUAGACUUGCUGAUAUUUACCGCUGCUGGGCCAAAUACAGUAUAUUCCUUUUAAAUGGUUCUAAAGAGAGGCUUCUGUCUUCUGAAGGCGAUAAAGUUGAUCCUCCUCCGCAGCCUCCAGAAAUUCUGAAAGGACUCGAGUUUACAUCUUUGAAAGAAAAAACCAAGGAAUUAGAACAGUCUGUAACUGUUGACUUUAUUUUGACCUACGAAGAUGCGAAACCCCUGUUUCAGAAAUCACAAGAAUGGUUAAAUUUGGCAAAAGGCUACUAUACUUUGGAAGAUCAUGCAUCCGAACAUGCCGCUAUUGUGCAAGAUUCCAGCAAGCUAUAUCAUUUACUUUCUUUUUAUCAAGCUGAUGAAGGAAUACAAUGCAAAUUACACAAGCGUAGGAUUGACAGCCUAAUUUCUGUAGUCAAUUCAUUGAAUCCAACGUAUUACAUGAAAGUGUGUCGUGAAAUGUGGUUUGAAAUCGGAGAAACUUGUAUGACCAUGGCUGACAUCAAAGCAAGCCAGGCUAAAGAAUCCAACGAUAAUAAGAAUGUACUACAUUGUGCCUCGAAAGUUAAGAAUCUAUCAUUGCAGGGUAUUAAAUACCUUGAAGACUUCGUAAAAUCUUUUAUAUUAAAAAGCAAAGAAGAAAAAUAUCCUGCAGAAUUUGAGAAGACUAUCAUCCUCAGUUAUAUGUACCUUGGUCAUUUGUACGCGACACUAAAUGAACCAGAUAAAAAUGCAAUGAUUGGCUUCCAAGAAGAAAGUUUACGAUGUUAUGGCGCAAUCAUUGAUUAUUGUACAGCUCACCCAGAUGUAAAAAAGACUUAUCCUGAGGAAUAUUCCAUUUGUCUGGAAAUGGUUGAUCUCAUCCCAUUGAAAAUUACUAGAAUGAAGAAAAUGUUCAAUAAAUCUCAACCAAAUUAAAUCUUAUUAAUCUUGAUUUUAAUUAAUUAACUAUUGACUGAAGAUUAAUCUUAUAUAUUCAUUCAUUUUUAAUUGCAUUCAAAAUACAAGCAUCGUUUGCUGCUCUUUAACUUGAAAUUUAGUUGCCUGUGGUUUGAUUUAAAAAAAAAAAAAAGAAGAAGAAGAGAAACUGCUAUUUUAGAAUGCACAGUGUGUACUGAAUAUCAAGGAUAAAUAUAGUUUGUAUUUAUGUUGUUGUUUUUUUUAACAAAAUUUAUGUAAAUUUCUAUGCUUUAUAAUAGAAUUCAUCUGUUGUAUGCCACUUGUAAGCAUUUAGUAGUCCAAAUUACAUUACUUGUAAAUAUAUCUAUAUAAAAAAAC